GCGCUGAUACACUAACACCAGUGCCACUGCCGGAAUCAGAACAGUGUGUUGGCACUAUUGCGCCGAUUGCGCCUCUUCAGGCAGCUUAACGCAGUGGUUUUCUCAGAGUUGCUUUGCCGAUUCAUACGACUGCAAGAAUGAUAGAAUACAAGGUGGUGUUACUAGAACAGCUGAUUGGAUAUUUUCCACAACUUUAUAUAGACGCGCCUUGACUGUAAUUUUGGCGGACAUUUACUGGCAAAUUGGCGCAUUUUCAUCUUGCUUAUUCCUGGACAUUUUACAAGAGCUUAUUCGUCCAAGCGUCGCUGUGAGUUCCUCGAGCGUUUCACUGCAUUUUCAUCAUGCCAAAUAAAAAGAGCGAAAUAUGGCUGCACUUCUCCGAUGAGAAAGACAAAAAAGUAAAGUGUAAGCUAUGUGGUCAGCAGAUAUCCGUGGCAAACAAAUCAACGACCAGCCUGAUUCGCCAUAUGAAUAGGCGGCAUCCCUUCCAAAAAAUUGCUAGGCAGGAGCAUUUGGAAACAGAAGUUGACACGCAGGCAGCAGCAACGCAGGUAGAAGCACCACAGAGAGCAGCAACGCAAGUAGAAUCACAACAGGCAGCAACACAGCGAAAUACACCGCGAGCAUCAUACGCACCGCAAGGAUCGGUAUCACAGUACCUACACAAGCCACUUCCAGUCAAAAAGCAGCAACAAAUCGAUGACCAGGUAAUUAAAAUGAUUGUCCGCGAGUACCAUCCAUUUAGCAUCGUCGAAGACGUGGAAUUUAAAAAGCUAGUAUGUCUCCUAAAUUCGAACUAUAAACUCCCAACUAGGAAAACAGUGUCGUCCUCGUUAAUACCGGCCAUGUAUAAUGUAACCAUGGAGGUGGUGAAAAGGCGGUUAGAGAGGGCGUAUGCUAUAUGUGUGACGAUGGACGGGUGGACUUCCCGUGCAGGAGAUAGCUUCUUUAGUGUGACUGCCCACUACAUUGUGGAAGAGGAUAAAAAAACAUUCCUUGCGUCGGAUUUGUUAGCUUGCUCCUCAUAUUUAGAUAGGCACACAAGUGAAAAUAUUACAAAAAAAAUUAACGAAAUUUUUUGCGAAUGGGGAGUUAGUAACAAGAUAUGUGUUAUAGUUAGUGAUAAUGCAGCUAAUAUGAAAGCAGCAGUUCGUGGGGGAG